AUGACGACUCCGUUCCCUCUCUUACGCCUUCCAAGGCUUGCACUGAUUCCAGUUUUUAUGCACAUGGAACCAAAUGAAGUAAUCAUGUUUACACUUCUUUCCAAAAGAGCCAAGAACCUCUCAAAAUGUCUCCGCAAAUUAUCUGCCAGUUCCAUUGAUUUGGUAGUUGAGAACGACAGUCAUUAUCUCGCAGCUCUUUUUAUAUAUAGACAAGAACUGCCUUUCAACACAAGUAUUUUUCCGGUGGCGGAAACGAUUUCACACAAAAAUGUCGGGCUAUCAGUAUCCGAAUGGAUCGAGCGGGUUCAAAAUGUGACAAAUUGCAAAUCGCUCAAACGCGUGGAUCUCAGGGGACCUCCACGACUCUAUAUGUGCGAUGCACAUUCUUCACUAAAUAAUAUCAGUGAACUAUACAUCCAUCCAGGCUGUCCAGAGAGUUUUGUUGAGAAAGCACUAAGAAUCCUUUCUCCAGUUACCAAUGAAAUCAACAUGUGGAGUAUUCCAUUUGAGAACAGAGAAGAGUUUAGGACUUUUUUAAAAACCAAUCUGGACUAUUUGAGUAUAUACAACUGCGCCUCAGAGAUACCAAAGUUCGAGUUCAGUAUGGAUGAUGUUUUAAUUGCAAACCCACUGAAAUUGGAUCUAAUAGAAGGGCCAUCAAGAGUCGAGGAUAUCAACCAAUUCUUCUUGAAUUGGUUGCAAAAUACAUGUGAUUCACGGAUGGAGCAUUUCUCAAUGAAUGUGCGCGAAAAUGUCGAUGAAGACAAUCUUCUGAAUGAAUUGGAUGCUGUUCCUUUUUUAGAAGAAAGAACGUUCCAUUACUCAAAAGAGAUAGACUUCCCUUUUGAAGCGUUUUCAUCAGGAUAUGACAUAAAAAGAAUAGAUGGGAAGAAAGCCACAAUUACAUUUGGAAACUCUUACCCUAUAAGACGCAUCGAUUUUUACAUUUGGCCUUAA